AUGAGUAAAUUUACAACAGCAACAGCGAGCGAGACGCCUAACACCACAGAAAGUGCGCCUGCCAAAACAGCAUCAACAGUGCUGACAACCGAAGAAGUGUCAACCACCACAACUGCCGAUAAUGCAAAGACAACAGAAACACUUGAAGCGUCAACAAUCACAACUAUCGUGAGUACAUUGGCCACAGAAACACCAAGCGAAACGCCUAGCACCACAGAAAACACGCCUGUCACAACAGCAUCUGCGCUGCUGACCACCGAAGAAGCGUCAACAACCACAACUACCGUGAGUACCCUGGCCACAGCAACAGUGAGCGAGCCACCUAGCACCACAAAAAGCACACCUGCCUCAACGGCAUCUACAGCGCUGACAACCGAAGACGCGUCAACAACUACCGUGAGUACAUUGGCCACAGCAACAACAAGUGAGGCGUCUAGCACCACAGGAAGCACAGCUGUCAGAACACCAUAUACGUUGCUGACCACCGAAGAAGCGUCAACAACAACUACCAUGAGUACAUUGGCCACAGCAACAGCAAGUGAGACGCCUAGCACCACAGAAAGCACACCUGUCACAACAGCAUCUACGCUGCUGACCACUGAAGAAGCAUCAACAACCACAACUACCGUGAGUACCCUGGCCACAGCAACAGUGAGCGAGACGCCUAGCACCACAGAAAGCACGCCUGCCUCAACGGCAUCUACAGCGCUGACAACCGAAGAAGCGUCAACAACUACCCAAACAGUGAGCGAGACGCCUAGCACCACAGAAAGCACACCUGCCUCAACGGCAUCUGCAGCGCUGACAACCGAAGAGGCGUCAACAACUACCGUGAGUACGCUGGCCACAUCAACAGCAAGUGAGAUGCCUAGCACCACAGAAAGCACACCUGUCACAACAGCAUCUACGCUGCUGACCACCGAAGAAGCGCCAACAACCCCAACUACCGUGAGUACCCUGGCCACAGCAACAGUGAGCGAGACGCCUAGCACCACAGAAAGCACACCUGCCUCAACGGCAUCUGCAGCGCUGACAACCGAAGAGGCGUCAACAAGCACAACUACCGUGAGUACCCUGGCCACAGCAACAGUGAGCAAGACGCCUAGCACCACAGAAAGCACACCUGCCUCAACGGCAUCUACAUCGCUGACAACCGAAGAAGCGUCAACAACUACCGUGAGUACACUGGCCACAUCAACAGCAAGUGAGACGCCUAGCACCACAGAAAGCACACCUGUCACAACAGCAUCUACGCUGCUGACCACCGAAGAAGCGUCAACAAGCACAACUACCGUGAGUACCCUCGCGAAAGCAACAGUGAGCGAGACGCCCAGCAUCACAGAAAGCACGCCUGCCCCAAUGGCAUCUACAGCGCUGACAACCGAAAAAGCGUCACCAACGACAAUUACCGGCUACAGCCGUCACGAGUACUCCAACCUCAACCCCAAGAGUUACCGAUCCAAUGACGCAUACCACACCCAAGACCGCGCCGCGUUUGCACUGGAGAUGAGGUUCCACAGCACGUUGGUGCACGCGACGCUUGCCGAGCGCCUGUGUGACGAUGUGGAUGUGCGGGCCAGGGAACGCGGCGGGCGUUUGAAUGGCGUAGCCGAGAAUGGUGGAGAAUUCUCCGCCGUAGUAGUGGUGGUGAGAGCUGCCCAAGAGACGUGCAGGUGA